UCCAAAUUAAAACUAUUUUUAAGAUAAUAAUUUUAGUAUAUGUAUACUUGGUGCUAUAUCCUUUCAUAGUUUAACUUGAACGUUUCGACUGCAAAAAGCAUCGGAAAAUAUUGUAAAACAAAUAGACAAAAAUAGAAGCAUUUUCGGAUUGAGAAUUUAAAACAGUUCCAUAUAAACGAACAGUGAUGACGCGCCAUAUAACCAUCUACAUCACAAUCCUUGCGGCAGUUUUACACGCAAACCUCAGAGUUGAUCGAAGUUUGGUUAUGGCAGUAUCAACAACACCAACGGCCGAAACCACAGUGGAAUCCGAAGCUACCACGGCCGAGACCACAGUGGUAACCGUAGCAACCACGGCUGAAACCACACCGGUAACCGAAGCCACCACUGCCGAUACCACAGCAACCGAAGCCACCACUGCUGAUACAACAGCGGCAACCGAAGCAACAACUGCCGAUACCACAGCGACAACCAAAGCCACCACUGCCGAUACCACAGCAACCGAAUCCACCACUGCUAAUACCACAGCGGCAACCGAAACCACCACGGGCAAUACCACAGCGGCAACCGAAGCCACCACUGACGAUACCGCAGCAACCGAUUCCACCACUGCUGAUACCACAGCGGCAACCGAAGCCACCACUGCCGAUACCACAGCAACCGAAGCCAACACUGCCGAUACCACAGCAACCGAUUCCACAACUGCUGAUACCACAGCAGCAACCGAAGCCACCACUGCCGAUACCACAGCAACCGAAGCCACCACUGCUGAUACAACAGCGGCAACCGAAGCAACAACUGCCGAUACCAUAGCGACAACCGAAGCCACCACUGCCGAUACCACAGUAACCGAAUCCACCACUGCUGAUACCACAGCGACAACCGAAGCCACCACUGCCGAUACCACAGCAACCGAAGCCACCACUGCUGAUACCACAGCGGCAACCGAAGCCACCACUGCCGAAACCACAGCAACCGAAGCCACCACUGUUGAUACCACAGCAGCAACCGAAGCCACCACUGCCGAUACCACAGCGGCAACCGAAGCCACCACUGCCGAUACCACAGCGGCAACCGAAGCCACCACUGCUGAUACAACAGCGGCAACCGAAGCAACAACUGCCGAUACCACAGCGACAACCGAAGCCACCACUGCCGAUACCACAGCAACCGAAACCAUCACUGCUGAUACAACAGCGGCAACCGAAGCAACAACUGCCGAUACCACAGCGACCGAAGCCACCACUGCUGAUACCACAGCAACCGAAUCCACCACUGCUGAUACCACAGCGGCAACCGAAGCCACCACUGCCGAUACCACAGCAACCGAAGCCACCACUGCUGAUACCACAGCGGCAACCGAAGCCACCACUGCCGAUACCACAGCAAUCGAAGCCACCACUGCUGAUACAACAGCGGCAACCGAAGCAACAACUGCCGAUACCACAGCGACAACCGAAGCCACCACUGCCGAUACCACAGCAACAAAAGCCAUCACUGCUGAUACAACAGCGGCAACCGAAGCAACAACUGCCGAUACCACAGCGACCGAUGCCACCACUGCUGAUACCACAGCAACCGAAACCACCACUGCUGAUACCACAGCGGCAACCGAAGCCACCACUGCUGAUACAACAGCGGCAACCGAAGCAACAACUGCCGAUACCACAGCGACCGAAGCCACCACUGCCGAUACCACAGCAACCGAAGCCACCACUGCUGAUACCACAGCGGCAACCGAAGCCACCACUGCCGAUACCACAGCAACCGAAGCCACCACUGCUGAUACAACAGCGGCAACCGAAGAAACAACUGCCGAUACCACAGCGACAACUGAAGGCACCACUGCCGAUACCACAGCAACCGAAUCCACCACUGCCGAUACCACAACAACCGAAGCCAUCACUGCUGAUACAACAGCGGCAACCGAAGCAACAACUGCCGAUACCACAGCGACAACCGAAGCCACCACUGCCGAUACCACAGCAACAGAAGAAACCACUGUUGAUACAACAGCGGCAACCGAAGCAACAACUGCCGAUAACACAGCGACCGAAGCCACCACUGCUGAUAGCACAGCGACCGAAUCCACCACUGCUGAUACCACAGCAGCAACCGAAGCCACCACUGCCGAUACCACAGCAACCGAAGCCACCACUGCUGAUACAACAGCGGAAACCGAAGCCACCACUGCCGAUACCACAGCAACCGAAGCCAUCACUGCUGAUACAACAGCGGCAACCGAAGCAACAACUGCCGAUACCACAGCGACCGAAGCCACCACUGCCGAUACCACAGCAACCGAAGCCACCACUGCUGAUACCACAGCGGCAACCGAAGCCACCACUGCAGAUACCACAGCAUCCGAAGCCACCACUGCUGAUACAACAGCGGCAACCGAAGCAACAACUGCCGAUACCACAGCGGCGACCGAAGCCACCACUGCCGAUACCACAGCAACCGAAGCCAUCACUGCUGAUACAACAGCGGCAACCGAAGCAACAACUGCCGAUACCACAGCGACCAAAUCCACCACUGCUGAUACAACAGCGGCAACCGAAGCCACCACUGCCGAUACCACAGCGGCAACCGAAGCCACCACUGCUGAUACCACAGCGGCAACCGAAGCCACCACUGCCGAUACCACAGCAACCGAAGCCACCACUGCUGAUACAACAGCGGCAACCGAAGCAACAACUGCCGAUACCACAGCGACAAACGAAUCCACCACUGCUGAUACCACAGCGGCAACCGAAGCCACCACUGCCGAUACCACAGCAACCGAAGCCACCACUGCUGAUACCACAGCGGCAACCGAAGCCACCACUGCCGAUACCACAGCGGCAACCGAAGCCACCACUGCUUAUACAACAGCGGCAACCGAAGCAACAACUGCCGAUACCACAGCGACAACCGAAGCCACCACUGCCGAUACCACAGCAACCGAAUCCACCACUGCUGAUACCACAGCGGCAACCGAAGCCACCACUGCCGAUACCACAGCAACCGAAGCCACCACUGCUGAUACCACAGCGGCGACCGAAGCCACCACUGCCGAUACCACAGCAACCGAAGCCACCACUGCUGAUACAACAGUGGCAACCGAAGCAACAACUGCCGAUACCACAGCGACAACCGAAGCCACCACUGCCGAUACCACAGCAACCGAAGAAACCACUGUUGAUACAACAGCGGCAACCGAAGCAACAACUGCCGAUAACACAGCGACCGAAGCCACCACUGCUGAUAGCACAGCAACCGAAUCCACCACUGCUGAUACCACAGCGGCAACCGAAGCCACCACUGCCGAUACCACAGCAACCGAAGCCACCACUGCUUAUACAACAGCGGAAACCGAAGCCACCACUGCCUAUACCACAGCAACCGAAGCCAUCACUGCUGAUACAACAGCGGCAACCGAAGCAGCAACUGCCGAUACCACAGCGACCGAAGCCACCACUGCCGAUACCACAGCAACCGAAGCCACCACUGCUGAUACCACAGCGGCAACCGAAGCCACCACUGCAGAUACCACAGCAUCCGAAGCCACCACUGCUGAUACAACAGCGGCAACCGAAGCAACAACUGCCGAUACCACAGCGGCGACCGAAGCCACCACUGCUGAUACCACAGCAACCGAAUCCACCACUGCUGAUACCACAGCGGCAACCGAAGCCACCACUGCCGAUACCACAGCGACCGAAGCCACCACUGCUGAUACCACAGCGGCAACCGAAGCCACCACUGCCGAUACCACAGCAACCGAAGCCAUCACUGCUGAUACAACAACUGCCGAUACCACAGCGACAACCGAAGCCACCACUGCCGAUACCACAGCAACCGAAGAAACCACUGUUGAUACAACAGCGGCCACCGAAGCAACAACUGCCGAUAACACAGCGACCGAAGCCACCACUGCUGAUAGCACAGCAACCGAAUCCACCACUGCUGAUACCACAGCGGCAACCGAAGCCACCACUGCCGAUACCACAGCAACCGAAGCCACCACUGCUGAUACAACAGCGGAAACCGAAGCCACCACUGCCGAUACCACAGCAACCGAAGCCAUCUCUGCUGAUACAACAGCGGCAACCGAAGCAACAACUGCCGAUACCACAGCGACCGAAGCCACCACUGCCGAUACCACAGCGACAACCGAAGCCACCACUGCUGAUACCAUAGCCGCAACCGAAGCCAUCACUGCAGAUACCACAGCAUCCGAAGCCACCACUGCUGAUACAACAGCGGCAACCGAAGCAACAACUGCCGAUACCACAGCGGCGACCGAAGCCACCACUGCCGAUACCACAGCAACCGAAGCAACUACUGCUGAUACAACAGCGGCAACCGAAGCAACAACUGCCGAUACAACAGCGACAACCGAAGCCAUCACUGCCGAUACCACAGCAACCGAAGAAACCACUGUUGAUACAACAGCGGCAACCGAAGCAACAACUGCCGAUAACACAGCGACCGAAGCCACCACUGCUGAUAGCACAGCAACCGAAGCCACCCCUGCUGAUACCACAGCGGCAACCGAAGCCACCACUGCCGAUACCACAGCAACCGAAGCAAAAACUGCCGAUAACACAGCGACCGAAGCCACCACUGCUGAUAGCACAGCAACCGAAUCCACCACUGCUGAUACCACAGCGGCAACCGAAGCCACCACUGCCGAUACCACAGCAACCGAAGCAAUAACUGCCGAUAACACAGCGACCGAAGCCACCACUGCUGAUAGCACAGCAACCGAAUCCACCACUGCUGAUACCACAGCGGCAACCGAAGCCACCACUUCCGAUACCACAGCAACCGAAGCCACCACUGCCGAUACCACAGCGACAACCGAAGCCACCACUGCCGAUACCACAGCAACCGAAGAAACCACUGCUGAUACAACAGCGGCAACCGAAGCAACAACUGCCGAUACCACAGUAACCGAAGCCACCACUGCUGAUACCACAGCGGUAACCGAAGCAACCGAAUCCACCACUGCUGAUACCACAGCGGCAACCGAAGCCACCACUGCUGAUACAACAGCGGCAACCGAAGCAACAACUGCCGAUACCACAGCGACAACCGAAGCCACCACUGCCGAUACCACAACAACCGAAGAAACCACUGCUGAUACAACAGCGGCAACCGAAGCAACAACUGCCGAUACCACAGCAACCGAAGCCACCACUGCCGAUACCACAGCAACCGAAGCCACCACUGCCGAUACCACAGCAACCGAAGCCACCACUGCUGAUACCACAGCGGCAACCGAAGCCACCACUGCCGAUACCACAGCAACCGAAGCCAUCACUGCUGAUACAACAGCGGCAACCGAAGCAACACCUGCCGAUACCACAGCGACCGAAGCCACCACUGCCGAUACCACAGCAACUGAAGAAACCACUGCUGAUACCACAGCGGCAACCGAAGCCACCACUGCCGAUACCACAGCAACCGAAGCCACCACUGCUGAUACCACAGCGGCAACCGAAGCCACCACUGCCGAUACCACAGCAACCGAAGCCACCACUGCUGAUACCACAGCGGCAACCGAAGCAACAACUGUCGAUACCACAGCGACAACCGAAGCCACCACUGCCGAUACCACAGCAACCGAAUCCACCACUUCUGAUACCACAGCGGCAACCGAAGCCACCACUGCCGAUAUCACAGCAACCGAAGCCACCACUGCUGAUACCACAGUGGCAACCGAAGCCACCACUGCCGAUACCACAGCAACCGAAGCCACCACUGCUGAUGCAACAGCGGCAACCGAAGCAACAACUUCCGAUACCACAGCGACAACCGAAGCCACCACUGCCGAUACCACAGCAACUGAAGAAACCACUGUUGAUACAACAGCAACCUUAGCAACAGCCUCUUCGGCCGGAUCUGCAUCGCCAACGAAUAUAACCACAACAUCAGCCGGGUCUUUUAAAACGUCUCCUCCUACCACCGAAGCAAUAACUAACGCGUCCUGUGGUUUCGGAAAUCAAAACGCCGGGUGCCCAUGUCCUGUUGGCUUUUAUAGACAACAGCAAAAUUGCACAGCAUGUGUAGGCAAUAAGUAUGGCGAUAACUGCUCUAUGUCCUGUGACUGCGAGAAUUCACACGCCGCCGUUGAAAUCCAAGCAUGUAACCAUGUUACCGGAUUUUGUGAAUGUAACUCUAAGUGGACUGGUCACCGGUGCCAGUUUGACGAAGAUGAAUGCAUUUCGGGAGCCAACAACUGCAGUUCCGAGAAUAAGAUUUGCAACAAUAUCAUUGGUGGAUUCGAAUGCUCAUUUGAGGACAAAAGCGGAUAUUGUGCGGUGCCACCGGAAGCAGCUUCAAAUAAAAAAGACGAGUUCUACUUCGGGAGUGGUGUAAGGGCGGUGUACAUAUACUUCGUAAUCAAUGUGCCGAGAAAGGAUGUGCCGCUCAACUGCACUGUUCCCCGGUCCGUCGCCACCCUGGCUGACAAUAUUCGCCAACAGUUGGUCGCUUACAUGGCUCGGUAUCUGGGGAACAUCCCGUUUCGUAUCACUAUACGAUACAUGCGAAUUGGAAGCAUUCAAGUUAACGCAACCAUAGAGAAACCGGACACGUUGGAAGCGUCACAGAGAUUCUCCGAGGCAUUCUUCGCAUUGGAUGACGUUCCAUUCAGUAUUGGCGGCGUUCCGUAUAACACCUCCGCUAUCGCACUCAACAACACUCCAAUCGUUACAGUCGUUAGAGGGAAGCCGGAGGACGUGUGUCGGGUCUUCCUAGUUGACCGUGGUCAGUGCCCGAACAAUGGCGUGUGUAAAGUGGUGGACGGAACGCCUGGCUGUUUCCCGGCACAGGUUGACGACGGUGAGAAACUUAUCCUUGGCCUGGCUAUAGGGAUACCUCUCUUCUUCCUCGCCUGCCUCGCCCUUGUGUUGUGUGCAUUGCUCUUAUACCGGCGACGCAUGCAAAAACAUGCAGACGAUUCAAGUUCGUCCACGGAGAGUACGCCCGGCGUGCACCCGUUCUUGUCGGGUCACUACGUGGCGCCGUUCUACCCUGUGCACAUGGCCACGAGAUUGAACAGGAAAGAGUUCUCCCCCUUUCAUCCCCCACAGUGGGGGGAGGACGCCGUAUCCAUAUCCGGGAACUCCGAUUCUGUAUAUACAGAAAACAAGCACAGAGAAUCAUUUUCGUGGGACUUCCUGUACAAUGACGGAUAUCUUCGAGACGACUACCAUAUAAAAAGACCAGAAGUACGCACAUGACGUGUCAGCAGGCUCACAACACUACCCCAGUCAAGACAUAUCACCAGCUUACUAUAAACUCGGUCAAACCGGCUACUAGUAUAUCGCAGAGCUGUGGGACCUCCCUAGAUGUCAUUCAUCGCAGGUUUCGCGGCAUUUUGGGUAAAAAAUUACUCCUUUGACGAAUAUCCCAUCAACCGAUGGGGGUAAAACUCCCCUUUUGGCUUCAAAAUUCUGUUUAAGUCACACUUGGGGAUGUGACGGGGUCAAGCCAUAAUGCAGCCAUUAUAGGGCGCGGGCAGACCUUUAUAAACUCAACAACAACAACAACUAGUAUAUCGAAAAAAGUCGCACUUGAUUUCCGUAAAUGAGCUAACGAGAGUUCCAGUUUUGCACAUUUCGUUCAAGUGCUGACCAGUGUCGUCAACGAUGGAGUCCUAUAUGUUACUUUACACACAUUUGAAGUUCUACCUUUGUUACCAAAAGUCAUUAUAUUAGCACUUUGCAUAUCAGAACAGCCAGUGUAUUUUUACAAACUUACCUCAACGAGUUGAUUGACGGACCAUUAGCAGGCAUUACUUUAAAAGGGCCGGUCACAUAUAGCUUUAUGGUGGAUAUUUAUUCAUGUGGUAUUGUAUAUACGUGGUUUAUUUAUUUUUUGAUAAAGAUGAAUACAAUAUGUUGGCUU